AUGUUUGCAACGAUGCUGAAGAUACUUCCCAUUCUAAGCACUCUAGCAGGUCUCGGUGUCAGCAGCAUCGUGGUGACCGUCCCACAGAAGACAGUGAAUGUCACUACAGGAGGAAAUGCAACUCUUCUCUGCACAUACACGAGCUCUGCGCCACUGGGAAACUUCUUCAUUCAGUGGAGUUUUUACAGUGCCAGAGAGAGCCAGCUGAAUACACAGUCCCCGUGUGCCUAUAUUCAGAGUAUGGAUGAAAAGUCAGUCAGUCAUUGUCAAAAGAUGGUGUAUGUGACAGAUGCGCGGGGAAGAUGUAGCUGGACACACAAGAUCUAUUAUUAUUCAGGAGGAGAGUCUUAUUCCUAUGGAGAAUUUAAGAACAGGAUCAAAGCUGGAACAGGUCCAGGGAAUGCCUCAAUAACAAUCUUCAACAUGCAGCCCUCAGAAACUGGUUCUUACACCUGUGAAGUUUUCAGUCCGCAAGCUGAUGGUGGACAGAGUCAAAAAUCAGUGAUUGUCAAUGUGCUAGUCAAACCAUCAAAGCCUUUCUGCAAAAUAGAAGGAACAGCUGAGAGAGGCCAUCUAAUCUCUCUCUUGUGCAAAUGUGAAGAAGGAUUGCCUCGCCCUACUUACCGCUGGUAUAAAGUAGAUGAGAAUACCCUCAAGCCUGUGACUGAACAAUUUAAUCCAAAAACUGGAGUUCUUACCAUUGGCAACCUCACCACCUUUGAAACGGGGUAUUACCAGUGCAUAGCCAGCAACAUCCUGGGGAACAGUACCUGUGAGCUUGACCUAACGACAAAGCAUUCAGAUGGUGGUAUUGUUGCUGGAGCAUUAAUUGGAGCAAUUGUUGCAGGUGUUAUCAUAUGCAUUACUGUCUGGGUCUUAACCAAGAGGGAAAAGAAAAAGAGAAAGAAGUCAUCGAAUAAUGAAAUGCAAGUAAUGACUCAGAAACAACCCAAUGCAGAGUACGUUCAGGUACCUAAUGAAGAAAACAUACCUGCAACCACAGUUCCAUCAAGCAAUGCAACAAAUGAAUAUCCUACUCUUGAGGAAACAGCAGUCUCUGGGACACCUGAAAAUGAUGAGAAGCAAGAAGUGGAAAAAGAGGAAAUAGCCUAG